AGUAAGUAGAGCAUAACACAACAGAAAAAAACUCCAGCUAAGAGAGAGUUGUCUGUAAUGAAUUUUGUUCAUUAAAUCUUCUCACCUGCCUUCAUUCAUUGCCAGUGAUAUCACCACCACCUUCUUCUUUUUUAUAAAUCCCACCUCCUCCUCCCACCACCACCGCCGCCCGCCGCCCCCCUCCCUUCUUUCUCUCUCUAAAACAAAAAACAACAAAGAUGCCACAGCUUCUUGUACCGGCCAAGUACGUAAAGCUAGCCUACCAGUACAUUGUGAACCACAUCCUCACCUUCCUCCUCCUCCCAACAAUGGCCGCCGCCGCCGCCGAGCUCCUCCGCCUCGGCCCCGACGAGAUCCUCUCCGCCUUCAGAUCCCUCCACUUCGACCCGAUCCAAACCCUCUGCACCUCCUUUCUCAUAAUCUUCGUCGCCACCGUCUACUUCAUGUCGAAACCCCGGUCAAUCUACCUCGUUGACUACGCCUGCUACAAACCUCCGGUGACUUUCCGUGUACCUUUCUCCACCUUCAUGGAGCACUCCCGCCUGAAUCUUAAAGAAAACCCUAAAUCCGUCGACUUUCAGAUGCGCAUUCUGGAAAGAUCCGGCCUCGGCGAGGAGACCUGCCUCCCGCCGGCGAUCCACUACAUCCCUCCGACGCCGACCAUGGACGCCGCCAGGGGGGAGGCGGAGCUCGUCAUCUUCUCCACCAUCGACUCGUUAAUGGAGAAAACGAAUCUCAAGCCGAAAGACAUCGAUAUACUUAUAGUUAACUGCAGCUUGUUUUCUCCGACGCCGUCGUUGUCGGCGAUGAUCGUUAAUAAGUACAAGCUUCGGAGCAAUAUCAAGAGCUUCAAUCUCUCCGGCAUGGGAUGCAGCGCCGGGCUAAUCUCCGUCGAUCUCGCCAGAGAUCUCCUUCAGGUGCACCCGAACUCACGCGCCUUGAUUGUCAGCACGGAAAUCAUCACGCCAAACUACUACAAAGGGUCGGAGCGCGCGAUGCUGCUACCCAACUGCCUCUUCCGCAUGGGCGGCGCCGCCAUCCUCCUCUCGAACAAGCGCCGCCGCGACGCGGCCCGGUCGAAAUACAAGCUCGUCCACGUUGUCCGGACACACAAAGGCGCCGACGACAAAGCGUACAAGUGCGUGUACGAGCAAGAAGACCCCGAGGGCAAAGUCGGAAUCAACCUCUCGAAAGACCUCAUGCUGAUCGCCGGCGAAGCCCUGAAAUCCAACAUCACAACCAUCGGCCCGCUCGUCCUGCCGGCGUCGGAGCAGCUGCUAUUCCUGUUCACACUGAUCGGCCGGAAAAUCUUCAACCCUAAAUGGAAACCCUACAUCCCAGACUUCAAACAAGCGUUCGAGCACUUCUGCAUACACGCCGGCGGACGGGCGGUGAUCGACGAGCUGCAGAAGAAUCUACAGCUGUCGGCGGAGCACGUGGAAGCUUCUAGAAUGACGCUGCAUAGAUUCGGCAAUACGUCGUCGUCUUCGCUCUGGUAUGAACUAGGGUACAUUGAAGCAAAAGGGAGGAUGAAGAAAGGAGAUAGGGUUUGGCAGAUUGCUUUUGGAAGUGGGUUUAAAUGUAACAGCGCUGUCUGGAAAUGUAAUCGGACGGUCAGGAUUGAUUCCGACGGAGAUGGGCCGUGGCAAGAUUGCAUUCAUCGCUACCCUGUGCAUAUCCCGGAAGUAGUCAAGCUUUGAUUUUCUUGAAAUUAAUAAAUUAAAAUAAAAAGAGAGAAAAAAAAACAUGGAUUUAAUUUUUAUUUUUA